AUGGCUCCUAAGCAAAAGAUCAUUAUCGAUACAGACCCAGGUGUCGAUGACAUCCUGGCUCUGCUUCUGGCUCUAAGUGCCAGUCCUGAAGAGCUUGAGGUUCUCAUGGUUUCUGUCACUUACGGCAAUGUUCCUCUUCAAAGCUGCCUUCGAAACGUUGUGUCUCUCUUCCAUGUUCUUGGAAAGGAACUCGAGUGGAGAAAGUCCUCUGGUAGGACUGAAGGCUACGAAGCCAUGAAGGCGAGCAAGCCUAUUGUCGCUGUCGGUCCGGAACAUGCUCUCUGCGACGAGGAGCUUAUGGCAGACUACUUCCACGGCGCCGAUGGCUUGCAUAACGUUCAUGAGGCUCAUCCCGACCUCUCUCCUUCGGAGACUUGGAGGGAGCUCUUCAAGGAGGGUGCAGCGGGUGCUCAAGACUACUCCCCCUUCUUCACCCCCUCCAAGGCUCCAGCCCACAAGGAGAUCCUUCGUCUGCUUAAGGAGAACCCCGUUGACACCAUCUCGAUCUUGGCUGUUGGGCCUCUGACCAAUGUGGCCAUGGCGGCUGCAGAGGACCCUGAGACAUUCCUCCGCGUGAAGGAGCUUGUGGUCAUGGGUGGAGCCGUGGAGUGCGAAGGUAAUGUAACUCCUGUCGCCGAGUUUAACUGCUACGCGGAUGCUGUGGCAGCCGCCCGGGUAUAUGCCUUGACGUCGUUCAACCCACGCUUCACGAUGCCGGCGGUGCCCCAGGAGCUCUCGACACUGCCACCUUACCCAGCCAAGCUCUCUCGACAGCUCAAGCUGACACUCUGCCCACUUGACAUCACAACUCCUCAUCUCAUUCACAAGAACUAUUUCGCGGAAAAUGUCAAGGCCCACGUCGAUGCUGGAAGCCCCCUCGCCCAGUGGGUGUCCCAUUUUGUCACUGGUGCAUUCCAAAAGAUCGAAGACAUGGAGGGAGAUGAAAAUGAGCCUGGUCUUUCUUUGCAUGAUCCCUUGACUGUCUGGUACAUGUUGACCCGGGAUGACCCCAAGUGGAAGACGCCUGAGAAGCUGGAGGAUAUCCGUGUCGAGACCAGCGGUCAGUGGACACGCGGCAUGCAUGUCGUUGACCGCAGGCUCAGGGUGAAGCCGGCCGAGGCUGCUAUCGCCCUCUCGGCGAACCCAGACGAAGACCCUCAUAUCCAGAUCCUCGACCAGGUUCCAGGUGACGACAUGUUUUGGUUGAGCGUGCGCAGGGGCAACCGUGUCAACCGUGUGAUUGACUCUCCCGGUCACGAUAUCUUCAAGGAGGUGCUGAUGCAGAGGAUCUUUGACUAG